GUAAUGCAAGCCCCCGCUACAUAAGAUGCACAUCUUACAAUAUUCCCUGCACCUCAGAUAUGGCCAAACAAUCCCAAGUUCCCCUAGCUGCUGUCAUAAAACCGCUGGCUACUCUACCCCCAGAAGAGACCCUUCCUUACUUGGUGGACCAUGGAGAAUCUGGUCCUGUCCGAUGUAAUAGGUGCAAGGCUUACAUGUGCCCUUUUAUGCAAUUCAUUGAGGGUGGAAGGAGGUUCCAGUGUUGUUUCUGCAGCUGUGUCACUGAGGUGCCACCUCACUACUUCCAGCAUUUGGAUCAUACUGGAAAGCGAGUAGACUUUUAUGAUCGACCUGAGUUAUCCCUGGGGUCUUACGAGUUUCUAGCAACAGUUGACUAUUGCAAGAAUAACAAGUUUCCCAGUCCACCUGCUUUCAUUUUCAUGAUUGAUGUGUCUUACAAUGCUGUGAAGAGUGGCUUAGUGAGGCUAAUAUGUGAAGAAUUAAAGUCACUCCUAGAUUACCUGCCCAGGGAAGGCAACAUGGAAGAAUCAGCCAUUCGAGUAGGCUUUGUCACCUACAACAAAGUCUUACACUUCUAUAAUGUGAAGAGCUCACUGGCACAGCCACAAAUGAUGGUUGUCUCAGAUGUGGCAGAUAUGUUUGUGCCACUCCUUGAUGGUUUUCUGGUGAAUGUGAAUGAGUCCAGGACAGUUAUUGCCAGUUUGCUGGAUCAGAUUCCAGAAAUGUUUGCAGACACAAGAGAAACAGAAACUGUUUUUGCACCUGUGAUUCAAGCAGGGCUGGAGGCUCUGAAGGCAGCUGAGUGUGCUGGCAAGCUCUUCAUUUUCCACACCUCUCUGCCCAUUGCAGAGGCCCCAGGGAAGUUAAAGAACAGGGAUGAUAGGAAACUGAUCAACACGGAUAAGGAGAAGACUUUGUUUCAACCACAGACAAGCUUUUACAACAACUUGGCCAAGGACUGUGUGGCCCAGGGCUGCUGUGUGGAUCUGUUCCUAUUUCCAAACCAGUAUCUGGAUGUGGCAACACUAGGUGUAGUAACUUACCAGACAGGAGGCUCCAUUUAUAAGUAUGCAUAUUUCCAGCUGGAGACAGACCAGGAUAGAUUCCUGAAUGACUUGAGAAGAGAUGUCCAGAAAGAAGUGGGAUUUGAUGCUGUAAUGAGAGUGCGCACAAGCACAGGUAUUCGAGCAACUGACUUUUUUGGAGCUUUUUAUAUGAGCAACACAACUGAUGUAGAGAUGGCAGGUUUGGACUGUGAUAAAACCAUCACAGUGGAAUUCAAGCAUGAUGACAAAUUGAGUGAAGACAGUGGUGCACUCCUUCAGUGUGCUCUGUUAUAUACAAGUUGCGCAGGACAGCGACGACUUCGUAUUCAUAACCUCUCCUUGAACUGUUGCACGCAGCUUGCUGACCUCUAUCGAAACUGCGAGACAGACACGCUCAUCAAUUACUUGGCUAAGUAUGCAUAUCGUGGUGUUCUGAGUAGUCCAGUAAAGACUGUACGAGAUGCGCUGAUCAACCAGUGUGCCCAGAUCCUAGCUUGCUAUCGAAAGAACUGUGCUAGUCCCUCUUCAGCUGGCCAGCUGAUCCUCCCUGAAUGCAUGAAGCUGCUUCCUGUGUACUUGAAUUGUGUGUUGAAGAGUGACGUUCUUCAGCCUGGUCCGGAGGUCACAACAGAUGACCGUGCCUACAUUCGUCAGUUAGUCACAUCCAUGGAUGUGGCAGAAACAAAUGUUUUCUUUUAUCCCAGGCUUUUGCCCCUGACCAAAGCAGAUGUUGACAGCGACUCCUUGCCAGCAGCAAUCCGGAACUCAGAAGAACGUCUCUCCAAGGGUGACAUAUACCUGCUGGAGAACGGGCUGAACAUCUUUGUGUGGGUGGGAGUCAAUGUGCAGCAAGGCCUGAUCCAGAACCUUUUUGGAGUGUCAUCCUUCAGUCAGAUUAGCAACACCUCGAGUACCCUGCCUGUCUUGGAAAACCCCUUUUCAAAGAAAGUACGAUCUAUUGUUGGCAUGCUUCAAGUGCAGAGAUCCCGCUACAUGAAGUUAAUAAUUGUGAAGCAAGAAGAUAAGCUGGAGAUGCUGUUCAAACACUUUCUAGUGGAGGACAAGAGCCUGAGUGGGGGAGCUUCGUAUGUGGACUUCCUGUGUCACAUGCACAAGGAGAUUCGGCAGCUACUGAGCUAGAGGAGGGAGUGGUGCUGGAACUCAGCAGUGACAUUUCAGUCUCCACUAAUGACCUGAUCAGAAGGCCCAGGGCCCUCAAAAAGGACAACGUAGAAAUCUGUACAAUUCCAUAAUUUUUAAUACACAUUGCAUAAGCAGAAAUCCUUUCAACUUCUCCCGAUCCUGUAUGAGAGAUGAAAAAUUUUCCUGGUGAGGGCUAAA